AUGGUCCGCUUCAAAAACCGCUGGAUCCUCGUCGAAUUCAUCCCCUGCAACCCCCCAGAAGACGCGACUCGCGCACCCACCCGACGGACCUCAGAAGCAGUUAUCACCACGAAGGACAUCUACGCAGCGCUCAAGCAGAGCAUCGUGCACAAUUUCGGGGACACGGGAUGGGGCGCUGUAGGGUAUUCCCUCACAGUCAAAUAUUUCUCGCCCAUGACGAACGUGUGUAUCAUCCGAGUGGGCAGAGACCAGCAUAAGAUUGCGUGGGCGGGCGUUACUCUCUUGUCAUCUUUCGAAGGGCGCAAGUUCAUCCCGAACGUUAUUUGCGUGUCAGGCACUAUAAAGCACGCCCAGCUAGCUGCCAUCCAGCAUAACAGGGUCGUCGUCGCACGGUUUAGAGCGCUAGCCAAAACGCCAACAGGGUACCAUGACGCGUAUGACAGCUUCCUGGACAGGAGCACGAAAGAAAUCACAGCUUUGCAAGACUGA